AUGUCCUGGCCGUGCGUGAGGGGAGUCGUGAAGGGGAUGACGCACCUCGUGACGCCGCCGGCCACGCCGACCGCACAGCGCAGCACCGCGCUCCACGUCGAACCCGAAACUGGCCACCCAAAGGCAUGUGCCGUCCCGUCCCUGGCGGGGCUGCCCACCAUGGACGAGCUGCCCGGGCUCCUGGCCCACCACUGCCCGCACGCGCGCGAGGCCUCCGACGACGACCCGGGCCCUCAGGACUGGACAACCGACUCCGGGGACACCGCCGCGGCCCGGAGUUUCGAGCCCGACGUGUCGCCGCUGAGCCUGGCGGAGGAGGUCGACGCCAGGAUCCAGGAGGCCGCAUCCAGCGUGCAGGCCUUCGCGGACAGCGGUCUGGAUCUGGUCAGGACGCUGCAGGAGGCGCCGCGCAACCAGGGGCGCGUGGACCUGAUGCGCGUCGUCUCCACGGGCCACUUCGUGGCCGUCAAGCGCAUGCCCAACAGCUGGGUUCGGAGCGGCCCGGAGGAGUUCGCCCGGCACUCGGGCGGCUCCCUGGAGCUGCCGUGGUUCGACAUCGGCCUCACCGGGUACCUCCAUAGGCAGGGGUUCAAGCACGUCUGCGAACCUCUCGGGGUGUUCAGGGACCAGGAGUUCACCUACGUCUCCAGCACCUUCUGCCAGGGCGGGGACCUCUUCGGGCUCAUGGACCGCGACCCGAGCCCGGGGGCAGCCCGCGAAGGGCUGAUCCGCCCCGUCAUGCGGCAGGUGUUCUCUGCCGUGGGGUGGCUGCACGGCCACGGGGUGGCCCACUGCGACAUCUCGCUGGAGAACAUCCUGCUGGGCGGGGAGGACGAGAGCGAGGUGAAGCUGAUAGACUUCGGCAUGUCCACCCUCAGCAGGACCUGCAAGGAGGGCUGCGGUAAGCGGUCGUAUAUCGCGCCCGAGAUGCUGGAGGGCCCCUACGACCCCUUCGACGCGGACGCCUUCGCCGUCGGCGUGGUCCUAUUCAGCGUGGCCGCUAGGGCAUACCCGUGGAACUCGACACGGCCUGGGUCCUGCAAGUUGUUCGACUACAUUUCUAGGCACGGCCUCCAGAACUUCAUCGAGAGGCGGAAGGUGUGGAAGGGCAGCGGCGAGACGUUGUCGCAGGUCUUCAGCGAGCCGCUCGUGGGCCUCGCCGCGGGUCUGCUCAGCAUGGAGCCCGCGGGCCGGACGGCGAUCUGCGUGGAGUGCUACCCGGAAGAAGCCAGCCGCCCGAGCGUUUGGGAUGCCGAGUGGCUUCGGAUGCCGAGUGUCUGA